CCGCCGCCGCUGCCGCCGAUAUGGCGCGCACGGCCCCUGCGGAGCCCCCGCUGCGGCAUCCCGCGCCCCCCUCGCCGGCCGCGGGCGAGCCCCGCACCUCUGUAGAGGCAGCGGCGGCCCCGCGGAGGGUGCUGUUCGCCGACGAGGCCCUGGGGCUGCCGCUGGCGCAGCUGCGCCGCUACCGGCCGUGGGGCGGGCCCGGGGCGGGCAAGAUGGCGGCGGCGGCCGGGCAAGAUGGCGACGGCGGUGGGGCUGAUGAGGACGACGAUGGCGAGGAUGGGGAUGAAGGGGAGGAGGAAGAGGAAGCUUACUCCGAGCCCUCGCCGCUGUGCCCCGUCCCCGCCGGCGGGGGGUUUUACCUGGUGCCCACAUUUUCGCUGCCGCCCGCGCCGGGCCGUCUGGAGCGCUUGGGGCGCGUCAUGGUGGAGCUGGAGGCGCUGCUGCCGCCUCCCGGAGCGGUCCCCGGGGGUGCCGGAGUGUGGGUGCCUGGGGGGCGCCCGCCGGUGCUGCGCGGGCUGGUGCGCGUGCUGAACCGCUCCUUCGAGAAGGCGGUGCACGUGCGUGCCUCACACGACGGCUGGGCUUCCUUCUGCGACCACCCCGCGCGCUACGUCCCGCGCAGCCCGCCGGGGGCAGGAGUGGGAGGACCAGGAGCAGGAGACCCCAUCCUGGAUCCCGGCCUGGGCCUGGGCCCCGGCCAGGCGUGCGCCUCCUCGCCCGACGACGGCGGCCGCACCGACCGCUUUGCCUUCCAGCUGCCCUUUGCUGAGGGCGCGGGCGAUGGGGCGCGCCUGGACUUCGUGGUGCGCUAUGAGACCCCCGAGGGCACUUUCUGGGCCAACAACCACGGCCGCAACUACACAGUCCUGCUCCGGAUUGCACCCGCUCUCACACCCACUGAUGCCGAAGGGCUGCCCCAGCAGCAGCAGCUGGAGCCACAGCCCGAGUGCCAGGGUCCCGUGGAGGCUGAGGCCAGGCAGCUGAAGAGCUGCAUGAAGCCGGUGAGGCGCAGGCCUAACGAGGAAGAACUAAGGAUGAAGAGCAUGGAUGAUAAUACCCCUGCUGUGGCAGAACGUCCUGAUGUCCAGGAGUCAGUGGGUCCCCUGGUGGCCCCCACCCCUCUCCGUCCGUGGCCCCAGAUGACACUUCAGGUUUCUGAAGUUACAGUGACUGGCAAACCCCCAGAGGAAGGUGACAUCCCCAGAAGCAGUCCACCUGUGGCUUUCACAGAGAUUCCCCAGGCACCGAUCAUCAGGAUUCCUUCCUCCUCCUCUCUCUGUGGCCUGGGUGGCUCCCCCAGGGACCAGGCCUCAGGGCCCGAUGCAAGUGAGGGGGCAGCUGGGCCUUUCCUGGAACCCAGCCAGCAACAGGUGGAGGCCACAUGGGAAGUAUCAAGCGAGAAUGGAGGGGGCCGGAAGUACUCCAUGGGGGGUACUAUUAUGGAUGAGCCCCUCGGGGGUCUGGAGGUCAUGAGUGGGUUGGAGGAGCUGCUUGGUGAGGACACCAUUGACCAGGAGCUAGAGCAGCUCUACCUUUCCCAUCUGAGCCGCCUGCGGGCUGCCGUGGCUGCAGGUGGGGCAGGAGGUGGCGGGGAGGGCCUCACAGAUGGGGGGCUGUCCCCCAGCCAUCCGCUGGGCAUACUCACGGACCGAGAUCUGAUCUUGAAGUGGCCUGGCCCUGAGCGGGCCCUGAACAGUGCCCUGGCUGAGGAGAUCACACUGCACUAUGCCCGGCUGGGGCGUGGUGUGGAGCUCAUCAAGGACACUGAGGACCCUGAUGAGGAGGGGGAGGGCGAGGAGGGGCUCUCCAAUAUACCCUCCAGCCCAGAAGGGGACACCCCCAAGGAAUCGCCUCCGGAAAUCCUCUCUGGGGCUCAUUCUGUGGGAGAUGUGUGGCUCCCAUGGGCAGAGGGCUCGGGAUGUGACAGCCCUGUGGUUCUGGGUACAGAGGGUCAGUUCACUAGGGCUCCAGAGAAGGGGAUGGGCAAGGACACUGACUCUUUGCACAUGAAUAGGGUGAUAGCUGGGGUGACCGAGUCCCUGGAGGGGACAGAAGCCCAGAUAGAGUUUACCACUAAGUGGACAGACAGUUUGGUUCCUGUAUCGGGCAAGGAGCCAGCUGCUCCAGUCCUGUGGGGGCAAAAUCUCACCCUCCUUGGUCCCUCAGGGACUGAGAUGUAUCCUUCCAGCCUGGCCAGGCCCCAUCUAAGCUCCCAGGAUAAAGAGGGUUCAGGCCCAAGCCUUGAGCCCCCAAAGGGGUCUCCCACCCUAGCAGUCCCUGCAGAAUGUGUGUGUGUAUUGCCUCCCCAGCUCCGGGGGCCCUUGACCCAGACUCUGGGGGUCCUGGCUGGGCUGGUGGUGGUCCCUGUGGCUCUGAACAGUGGUAUGUCCCUCCUGGUGCUUGCGCUGUGCCUCUCUCUGGCCUGGUUCUCGUAGGAGCUGCUUGUGGGCUCAGCAAUAACAGGCUUCCCCCUCUCUGGGGUCUGGGGAGGGGCAGCCCCUGCACCACCCCCAGAGGGUUCAGAGGGGAUGUGUGGCCUGUACAGUGAGGUGUCCUUUGCUUCUGAGAAUGUUCCAAUGGAGAGAGGCCUUCCCGUCCCUGAGCUCUGCAGUCAGCACAGGGCUCCCUGUGGUGAUACCAGUGGAGAGGAACAGGGCAUAGGUGGAUGGUGUGAGUGAGGACUUUCAGAAUGGGAUUGGGCAUGUAUUCCCUUCCUCCCCUCCCCCUGAGCCUGUAUUUAUUUUUGUAUAAUUCUCUGGACGAGGGAGAGUGGUCGUGAGCUGGUCUUGGGGCACAAUUACCCAGAGAUAUAUUUAUUAACAGCCAACCUGUGCAACCUGCUGGAGCUUUAUUUUUAAUUUAAUUUAUAUAGAGUACCUAUUAUUAUAUGCCACAAUAGAGCUCUAUGAAAAAUGA